ACCAUCCCUCGCUGGCAGCCUGGCUCGUGUACUACUAAAAUAUAUAUUAUAUAUUUUCCCGGGGGAUUUUCAGAACCCAAAUCAUUCCAAUUCCGAAGAAAACAAAUUUCCCUAUAUUCUCUGGAAAAUCAAUUCUCUGGAAACCACAUUUCUCCUCCAAAAUCAAACCCCCAACCGUCCCUUAAGCUGAAAACAAACGCAGAAGCAUCCCUCCUCAGCUCCGUUGUUUCUCUCUCUUCAAUCCCAAGAUUCUAGAGAGAGAAAGAGAAGAGUUUCAGACUACAACAAUGGCCAAAGCGCGUGACCGAUCAUCCAAGCCUCUCCACAACUUCUCCUUACCACGCUUGAAAUGGGGCAAUCAGAGAUUCCUUAGAUGCAUGAAACUCUCUCCAAAUACCUCUAAUUCUUCAUCUUCCCUCAUACCCACAUCUGUGAUUUCGUUCCAAAACGCCGAGACCGACGCCAAUGGUGGAAUCGAAGCCAUUCGCCAGAAACUCAUGCUCGAUCUCAGAGAGGCCGCCGACAAGAUGAGACUCUCCAUUUUGGAGGACGAUUCAGAGAGGCCUUGGAAUCUCAGGACUCGGAAAGCGGCUUGUAAGGUCCCCUGUGAGGCGGCUGUAGUGGAGAAAAAGAAGAAAAGAGAGAGACCGAAGUUUUCGGUGUCCCUGUCGAGAGAGGAGGUGAGGGAUGAUUUUAUGGCGAUGGUUGGUACGCGGCCGCCGAGAAGGCCCAAGAAAAGGGCGAGGAUAGUGCAGAAGCAGUUGGAUUCAAUUUUUCCGGGUUUGUGGCUGACAGAAAUAACACUUGAUACAUACAAACUCCCCGACUUACCUGAAUCAACAAAGGUAUAGAGGAGGAGGUUUGGAUGGUUACUCAGAAUUUCAAAUAUUCUGGUCAUAAAAGUUAACGGUAAUAACACACCAUCAAUGUAAAUUGGGAAUGAAGUGAAAUAAAAUUUGAAAUUCCAUUGCA